UAAAAUUAAUAACCUAUCGUGAACCCUUCUCCUUCUCUCACACUUUGUCAAGGAUGAACCCUACAUUUUGAAUAUGAAAUUGAAUCCAUCACCGGUUCAUAUUGAAUCUGAAAUUGAAUCCAUAUUGGUGCGCCCUUCUCUCACACUUUGUCACCGAUUCUCAUCCCUCUCAAUGCCAUGAGUAUCGACGCCAAACCCGUUCCCAUCUCGAAUCUGUGAGUAUCAAACUCGUCCCCCUUUCGAACCUGCGACCCUCUCGAAUCUGUGACCCUCUCGAACCUGUCACCGUCACUCUCAGAGUUGUCGUUCAGUGUCGCGGUCUCGCUCUCAUCUGUGAACGACUUCAAGUUGAUGAUGCUGAUGUAGAACAGUAUACUAUAGGAGACAAGGGGCCAGUUGGAUGAUGAUGUUGUGGAUGAUGAUGCUGUGGAUGUUAAGGGGCCAACUGGACAGUCUAAAGGUCUCUCCAGAAAAAUUUCACAGUUCGUUAAUGCUAAUUAUCUGAAGAAACCCAAGGUACUGAAAUUGAAAUUUUAUAGGAUUCUGAUUUCUAUUUUCAUUUGCAAUCCAUAGUGACCAUCAUUUGUAAGCUACUUACCAGAAGUGUCCUUUUAAUCUGUAUGUGUUGGUUUGAGGGGAAAGAGCUUGAGUCCUUUGAUAAGUAAAUUGUCACAGUUGAAUUUUAAAGUUCAUAUAUGUGAUAAAAAUGUCAUUGGGAUGGGUCUCCUGCCUUCGGUAUUUGACUGUACCCUAGGAUAUGAGCCUCGUCUAUUGGAGGGAUAUUUUGAGAAAACAAAAACAUAAAAGUUAUUAAAGCUAUAUAUUCAUUGGGAAAAAGUUUAUAUCUUUGAUCUGACUGAGAUAAAUCUGGUGCAGAAAAUCCUGCUUUUACUGCAUGUUAUAUUCAUAAUGCUUCCUACAAAAUGAGGCUGAUCAUUGAACUAUUACCUAGACUAUUGUUAAAUUUAGUUUACUUUGUUCAUGUGAAACGUAUAGUGCUGUCCAGAAUCUCAGAUGAUUCAUCAUGUGAAACGUAUUUUGAUUCAUAAUGCUUUCAAUUAUUUGAUUUCAAUUAUUUGUUAUAUAGUUGUUGAUUUCAAUUAUUCUUGUUAUCUUGGUAGUAUAGUUGUUGACCCAAAAAUGAAUUCAUGACAAGAAGUUGGAUUCUGAUCAGAGGGAUAAACUGCCUAUUUUGUUGACUAUUAUUUGUUGACGUUAGCGUCGGCAAUCCGACACAACUGUUUUCCCCCAAGCUGACGUGGCAACUGACAUAUUUAGCAUCAGAUGUUUCAAUUUUACAGAUAGCGUCGGUGUGGCCGACGCUAAGAUAGCGUUAGAUGGUGUUUGACUGACGCUAGUCAUUAGGUUCGACCGUUUUAGCCUAGGCCCGACACCGACGCUAAUCCGACACUAAAUCAUCAUUAGCGUCGGCUUUUGGCCUAUUAGCGUCGGCUUUUGCCCGACGCUAAAUCAUGUUUUUCUAGUAGUGUUAGUGGAAAAUCUCAUAGUUGUGAGGACAAGACGUAGCCCAAGUUGGGUGAACCAGGAUACGUCUUUGUAUGGUAUUCUUUCUCUUAUCUUUUUAUUUAUUAAGCUUGAUACCAUUGCAAACAUUCUCCUUUGCAUCAUUACUUUUUCCUUUUAAUGCAUGUGUCUCCCUGUCUGCAAAUUCCCGCCCCCAAAAAACCUUCUUCUCCUACUUAAGAUUUCAUAAUUGUUGCAUUUUUCUCUUCAAAAUCAAAAAUCUGUUUUGAAACUGAAACACUCCAUUUCUUUUUCACGCAAACAACAACAACCCUUCCUUCUUCUUCUCUAACCUCUCAUAUUUCAAUCCCUCUCUAAACAAUGCAAUGGCUAGAACCAAAACUUCAGUACGCAAAAAUGCCUUUACCUAUUCAUCGUCCUCCUCUUCUCCAACCUCAGACUCUGAAAUUCAUCACUCACCCUCUCCUCCACCACGACAAUCUCAACCACACAUUUCAUCUUAUACAACAUUCUCAAAUUAUCUCUCAUCAUCCCCAAAGAAAAACCAGAAUCCUCUUAACCCAAAUCCUUUGUCUAUUGUUCUUCCACCACUGUAUCCAUCUCCUUUUCCCAAUCUUGCUCAAGUUCCUCCACACUUAAGAAAUCCAACUCCAGCAAAAUGUCGUUCUAUGCACAUUCUAUUUGGCAUUGGAACAUCCAAAACAUCAAAUUUCAAAUCACCAUACUUCAUCAUCUCUGAUUCAGAGACAGAUGAAUCAUCUAAUACUCCUCCGCACACCACUCCUAAAGAGAAAACAACUACACCAACAAAAUCAACUAAACCCAUCACACCAUCAAAACCUUCAUUUUCUUCUGAGCCAUCUCAAUCAACUACCCCAAAUCAAAAAAUGAGAUUGAUCAAUGAAAUCUCUGUACUUCCAAGAACCAUCUCAGUCUUCCUGUCAAAAUCAAAAAAACCACCACCGCGUUCCACAAAAAUUAAAAACACCAUGACAAUUGCCCAAUUCCUAGCCAGAAACAAUCUUAGAAAUCCCAAAAGAAUGAAAACACAUACACCCAAACAGAACUUUAAAAACACUGAACCCACCUAUCUAGAACAUUCUCCUAUUCCACAAUGUUCCCCAACCCUAACUCCAGAAUUUUUUCCAUGUCGAGAAUGUUCUCCAGAUCGUAUGCCCUCUCCUUCCCAAAAUCAAGAAUGUUCUCCAAUUCAAGAACGUUCUCCUACUAAACCACCCCCUCCUUCAGAUCCUCAAGAACAUUCUCUAUUUCGAGACUACCCUAGUUCUUACACCUUCUCCCUCACCGAAAUCCAAAUGUUCUCCCACUCUAGAACACUAAUCAUCCUCCAUAUAUGAAUCCCCUCCUCAACCAUCUCCUCCGUCCAAAAAAUUCGAACCCAGUACUCUUCCUCUUAAUCCCUCCAAACUCUCCAAAGUCUUCAAAGACAAAUGAGUUUAACUCCCUAUUAGAAUGGGAAGAUUUUUUGUUUUUAACAAACUCAUUGUUGAUGGCAAUGCUAUUAAGCAUCAUAUUGAUGCUCUAGGCUGGACUUCUUUCUUUCAAACAUCUAAACACUUUUAUCCAUAUGUUGUAAGGGCUUUCUACUACAAUGCAAAAACAUUCUUUGAUAAAUCUCCGAACAUAUCCACCUUUAAAGGAAUAGAGAUAUGGCUGACUCCUGAUAUCCUAGCCUUCAUCCUCCAACUUCCAACAUAAGGACUUUCUAUCUUUGGAAGCAAAUGGUAUUCAGCUCUGGACUUCAACUAGAUUGAAAUGCUUUUUGAUAUAUUUCAGGAAGGCUCUACUAGGUAUCUUUCAACCUAUCUAAA